AUGCAGCCGGCGGCUGCUGCUUCCGAACGCAUGGCCGUUCAAUAUCCGCGGGAAUUGUUUGUGGAUGCACCCCCCUCCCCCCACUCGCACCCGUCGCACCCCCUAAUGGAACCUUAUGGUAACACUGGAAAAAUGGCGCGCAUCUUUGAAUUUACAUUUUCAAAAGAUUGCAUCUCACCGAACUAUACGCUGUUAAGCUCCAAGAGCAGCGUUGGUGAUAAGUUACUGGCUCUAGAGAGUACAAGGCACCGAAAAAAGCCUCCCGGUGGCUCACGAUUUUUACAAGAUAGGAAUGAUCAGUUUUUAUUUAAUGCUUGGGACAAUGUGCAGUGGGACUCUGAGCAAGAAAAGGCAGCGCAGGAGAAAAUUAAGCUAAACUCCCAUAUAACAUUUACUGAAGACACCUUGAAGGAUUUGGAUAUAAAUGCAGACAAACAUUGGGAUGAAUUUUAUGAUAUUCACCAAAACAGAUUUUUCAAAGACAGACACUGGUUAUUCACCGAGUUUCCCGAGCUAGCACCGGACUACAAUUCAGCUCCAUGCAGGGUAUAUCCCAACGGUGAAACUAAUGAAACCAAAAUCCCAAAUAAUACUUCACCUGCAUCGAAAAGGUUCAUCUUUGAAAUUGGUUGUGGGGUGGGCAAUACCAUAUUUCCCAUACUACAGUACAGCCAAGAUCCGAAUCUGUUCGUAUACGGCUGUGAUUUUUCAUCUAAAGCCGUUAAGAUUAUGAAAGAAAACGAAUUGUACGAUACGAAGAGAUGUGAAGUGUUUGUCCUUGAUGCAACAAAUCAGGAUUGGGACGUACCGUUUGAAGAGAACUCUGUUGAUAUCAUUGUGUUAAUUUUUGUGUUAUCUGCUAUUGACCCUACAAAAAUGCCAGGAGUGAUCCAAAACAUAUUUAAGUACCUUAAACCUGGUGGUUUAGUGGUGUUUCGGGAUUAUGGUCAAUAUGACUUGGCUCAGCUCCGCUUUAAGAAAGGAAGAUGCAUAUCUGAGAACUUCUAUGCGAGGGGAGACAAAACCAUGGUGUACUUCUUCACUCAAGAGGAGAUUUCAAGUUUAUUUAAGAAGGCUGGGUUUUUAGAGGAGCAGAAUUUGAUAGACAGACGUCUUCAGGUGAAUAGGGGGAAGAAGUUGACUAUGUACAGGAUUUGGAUACAAGCGAAAUAUAGGAAGCCAUUGCAGUAA